ACGUUAAGCUAAGAAGCAAACAGCAGUUGAUGUAGUGAGAGGAGAGGAAGCUCAGCAGGAGGGGCUUCAGGGAGGGCAGUGUGAGCCUAAAUGUCACUCAACAUAAUCACACCUUUGGAGUUCGCUGUAGUGCGGGGCUGGUGCUAUCUGCAGGUGCUUCAGAUUUGUUCGGCUGUUCAUUUUCUGAUGCAGACAGCCUGAGAGUGCAAAUGCACGUUGUUUGUCUUUUUCAGAUGAGCAUUCGAUGCCUGGAAACCUAUUAGAGGUGUAAAAGUUAUGCAGACGUGACAGAUGUCUGAACAUCAGCACGGGAAGCUGGAGAGAAGGAGGGAGAGCAAACAAAAGCCAUUUAAUCAGCCUCUGAAUAAAAAUAAGAGCGAACAAACAGGUGCAUGUUCCGGUGCCAGUGACUGGGUGAAACGAAAGCUAAAUCAUCACAUUCGAAAUAAACAUAGGAAAUUGGAAAGUCAGGGUCCAACCCAACUCUGUGCAUCAAACAUACCUGAAUCUCUUUGUUCGAAGGAGGACAGUCCUUUAAGAAGAACAGCCUCGGAGCCCAUUCUGAAGCUGCGACUGAAGAGAAGUGCAUCGGGAAGACAGAACCCACUGCAGCGUAAAGCCAGUGCGCCUCCUGCUGUCAGAGCGUCUGACUCUAUGGGGGGAUCGUCUUCCAGUUCUACUACAGUAUCCAUAAGAAGUUCCUCAGCAGAUAAAAAAAUGAACCGGCAAGAACCAGAGACCUAUAGCAUGUCAUCACCACACCAGCUAGAUUAUUCUUUUCUUCAGGGUGAAUCUUCUGUACACGCUGAUGUUCAAAGCACCAUGCUCUGGACUAGAUACGAACAGCCUCUCUUUGCCUUGCAUCCGCCUGUUAUUCCAGUUCAUGGACUACAGCCGGUGGUGAUGUCUCAUAGACCUUUGUGCAAAUCCCAGUCGGCACCUUCUUACUACCAGCACGUCCACACUCAGACCAUUAUGAUUACACACCCCAUGUACCAACAGCAAUGGCCACACGACUCAUUCCAGCAACACACCGAGACAAAUGUACAUUUGCAUACAAACACGCAGAGCUCUUUUUCCCAAACUCAUUAUAAGGUGCCUCUUCACAGGGUGCAGCCUGGGUCAUUUAGAUCCCUGAGAAAACAAAGAGAGAGAACAGGAGAGGACUUACACAUACCGUCUGAAUCACCACAUGGAUGCUGCAGUAAUCAGUCGGGAGUAGUGCAGCGCAGUGAAUGCUUUGAUGUGCAAAAACUAAAUGUAUAUCCCCGGAACCUUGCACGUGUGAAUUCCUCUCCAGGCACCAUCGACAGAAGUCUGCCUUCACGUUUAUCCUUACCUCUCGGCCGGGAUGUCAGAAGAAAACCAAACUGUACCACAGGUUUGGUGUUUGACUAUCAGAUGAAACAUGAAUGUGUCUGUAAAGAUACCAGCUGUGAUUCUGGGCAUGCUGGCAGAAUUUUGAGCAUCUGGUCAAGACUAAAGGAGUGUGGCCUCUGGAACCAGUGUAAGUUGGUUACAGGCAGGCCAGCCACGUUUGAGGAGCUACUCUCGGUCCAUUCAGAACAGCUUAUUAUCAGCUUCUUCCAAAAAACAUUUUCCAUGUCGUAUCAAAGUCAAACAGAUCAUGAUACGGUAUUGAGUAAUUCCUGCAAUGCAGAAUUUCUGAAGAUGUCAGUGGGCAGUCUGAUAGCACUGGCUUUCCGAGUGGCUGGAGGAGAGCUAAGAAAUGGGUUUGCUGUUGUCACAACACCAGGACACCAAGCAUCACAAUCUCAAACAUAUGGUUCCAGUAUAUUUAAUUCUGUAGCCAUUGCUGCUAAACAGCUUCAGGAGAAAUUAAAGGUUAAGAAGAUCCUUAUAGUAGAUUGGGAUGUUCAUCAUGGUAAAGGAACUGAGGAGAUAUUCUACACAGAUCCUAGUGUCCUCUAUAUAUCCCUGCAUCGCUAUGACGAUGGUUCCUUCUUUCUUGGAAAUGGAAAUCCCACCAGGGUAGGAUCAGAUAGAGGGAAAGGCUAUAAUGUAAACGUGGCAUGGUCAGGAGGCCUGAAUCCUCCAAUGGGAGAUGCAGAAUACCUAGCUGCAUUCAGAACGGUAGUGAUGCCAAUUGCUCAUGAGUUUUCCCCAGAUGUGGUGCUAGUUUCAGCUGGUUUUAAUGCUGCUGAAGGUCACCCAGAGACUCUGGGUGGAUACAAAGUCUCAGCAAACUGUUUUGGAUUCAUGACCCGAAAGUUAAUGGAGUUGGCUGAAGGUCGAGUGGUGUUGGUGUUAGAGGGAGGUUAUAACCCCACGUCCCUCUGCGACUCACUGCAAGCCUGUGUGAGCGCUCUCAUGGGAAACAAGCCUGAGCCUUCAGAUAAGGAGUUAGUAAGGAAACCCUGCAUCAACGCAGUCGAGUCUCUAAGGACAGUUCUACAAGUUCAGAGCAGGUACUGGCAUUCAGUGAGGCCUAUGGUAAACACAGUGUCUAUGUCCUAUGUGAAUGCAGAGAGGAGAUACUCGGCAGGCCGUGAAGCUGCUUUAGUCCUGGAUGGCCUUCAUAUGACUCUUCCAAGCAGCAGCCGUUUUCUGAAUGAGCCUAUGGAGCACGAUGAAGCUGAUUCGUUGUAGAAGCCAGUCUAUUCCUCUCCAGGCAGAAGUCAGACAUCCAGCGCUGUAACUGACUGUGAUCUAUGACGGCUGCAGUGACAAUCCUCAGGAACUUAGCUAAACAAGAGAAAUUCACUAACACAUCUUGUGAGUGAUUUAUUGAAAAGUAAUUUGAUGACAAAGAUUUGACUCACGAAGCCUCUGUGCAAUGUCAAAUAAGGUUUUCAUACAGACAGGAAGUGAAAAUUUACCCAGAAUUUUUAAGGGACAAAACAUUUGGUUAAUACACUACCUUUUGAACAUUUGGGGUCGGUCAUUUUUGCACUGAAACAGCAGUCCCUACUAAUUUAAAAAGAAUACAAUCCUGAGAUAUUUUGCAUUAUGUUUAAGCUAUGUUUUUAUCAUUAUUAACAGUGACAGUGAUAUCCUUGUAUCUCAAGUCUUUAUAUAGCAAGAAUUUAAAAAGGUACAAAGUACUUAGUGCUUUACUGUGUCAGUAUCAGUUAGUAUUUCUGAGAUUUUAAUUUUUUUUAUUACCAAGCUUGUAAAUAUUUGUUUUGUGAAAUACCAUGACAGUACUUGCAUAUUUUUCAGUUUUUUUUAUAUUAUUUUUUAUAUUGUUUUUGUAAUAUUUUCAUUUUACUUAAUUGUCUUGAAUAUGUUUUGCUGU